GACAACAUUACGUUACUGAAAUGUUUAAAAUCAUCGACAGGCGAAGUGUCGCAAGUGUAAUCAUAAACCAUUAAAUUCACUGAGAGGAGCGGGACGGGCUCUCUGCUAUAGUUUGUUGAGCAGCCACUAAUGAGAAAGCUCCAUGUGUGGUGAGUAAUGUGCCAUACGGCGGUUCCGUCCAGUCAAUAUUCUACAAUCAAUAGGCUGAGAGUUUAAUGUUGUGCCCCGCUUUAAACUCCACCCAUCCAUCUUGCACGGCUGCACCGCCGAGCUCCUUCACAGCCGUGCAAUGUGCCUCUGUGUGGGAAUGGCAGUUUUAUGAAAUUGCACAGCUGUGCUUCUAGUUGUCACCCAGGAUCUUGUUCAUGGGGAUUUUUUACUGAAGGCCCAAGGGUAAGCAAUGGAAGUCAAGGUGUCGCAGACUUUUGGCAGCUCCUCAGGAUCAUGUCAUCAGGGAAACUGUAUGUUCCUGCCCUUGCUGGGGAGUCAGGCCUCCAGCUCCUCUGGAACCGACAGGCAUGUGCCGAUCAAUCCCGCCAUGAGCCACUCGGCGUCCUGGAGCUCUUCGCUUGCCAACAGUUUGCACUCUGGAGGCACAGACAGCGACCGACACGCCGGCAUGCACACCAGCAUCAGCGAGAUCCUGAAGGAGAAAAGCCUGAAGCCGUCUCGCCGCAGCCUGCCCUGCCUGGCCCAGAGUCAGACUCAUCCAAUCAACCUCAACCACUUCCUGUCUGUGCCUCUGAGCCCAGAGUCCAAACCAGAAGUCGAUGGUCUGAGUCAGAGCAUCAGCACCUCCUGCAGCCUCCUCCCCCCACAGACAGCAGAGGAUGGCAAGGAUCACUAUGUGGAGGAGUCGGAGGCGACUACGUGUGAAACAAGGGCAGACGAGUCAUUCCUGCUGCAAAAGCCCGUCACCCGUGCUAAAUUAGAGGCCCGUACAGAUUCACUUCAGGGAAAGAAUCCAGAUCGCUCCUCUGGGCUGUUUUUCCGAGAUGGAAAAAAGCGUAUUGACUACAUCCUGGUUUAUAAGAAGUCCAGUCCACAGGUGGAAAAGAGGUGCACCUUUGAGAAGAAUUUACGAGCUGAGGGUCUAAUGCUGGAGAAGGAGCCCUCCUUGACGAACAACGACAUCAUGUUUGUGAAGGUUCAUGCUACUUGGGAUACGCUUUGCAAAUAUGCAGAACAGAUGAACAUCCGAAUGCCUUUCAGGAAAAAAUGUUACUUUACAGACUGGAAGAGCAAAACCUUGGGCAGCAGGUUUCAUCUGAGAUGCCGUCAGAUAAAAAGCUGGCUUCCCAGAAAUCCCAUGAAGCUGGACAAGGAGGCAUUGCCUGACCUGGAGGAAACUGACUGCUACACAGCCCCCUUCAGCAGAGCACGCAUGCAUCACUUCACCAUCAACAAUAGAGAGACCUUCUUUUCCAAUUCAACCAGAAGCAGAAUCGUCCAUCAUGUCCUGCAACGCACAAAAUAUGAAGAUGGAAAAUCAAAGAUGGGUAUCAACCGGUUAUUGGGCAACAACACAUAUGAGGCUGCAUUUCCUCCUCAUGAGGGAAGUUACAAGAGCAGACACCCAAUUAAGACACACGGUGCCCAGAACCACAGGCAUCUUCUGUAUGAGCGCUGGGCUCGCUGGGGAAUCUGGUACAAAUACCAGCCUCUGGACCUCAUCAGGAGGUACUUUGGUGAGAAAAUUGGUCUUUACUUUGCGUGGUUGGGCUGGUACACUGGCAUGUUGAUCCCUGCCGCCCUGGUUGGGGUUUUUGUCUUCCUCUAUGGUCUCUUCACAAUGGACUCUAGCCAAGUCAGUAAAGAGAUCUGUGAAGCCAACACUACCAUCAUGUGUCCCAUGUGUGAGGACAGCUGUGAGCCGUGGACGCUGAGUGACAGUUGUGUCUACGCAAAGGUGACCCAUCUGUUUGAUAAUGGCGGCACUGUGUUCUUCGCCAUCUUCAUGGCUAUUUGGGCCACAGUAUUCCUUGAGUUCUGGAAAAGGAGGAGAGCUGAACUGACUUAUGACUGGGAUCUCAUUGACUGGGAGGAGGAAGAAGAGGAGCUGAGGCCUCAGUUUGAAGCCAAGUACUCCAGGGUGGAGCGAGUCAACCCCAUCUCUGGCAAGCCCGAGCCGUUCCAGCCCUUCUCAGACAAACUCAGCCGGCUCAUGGUGUCUGUGUCCGGAAUAUUCUUCAUGAUAUCCCUCGUCCUGACGGCCGUGUUUGCUGUGGUGGUUUUCCGUCUCAUAGCGAUGGAGAAGUUUGCUUCCAUCGGCUGGUAUUUUGUGAAGAAGAACUGGCAGUUUGCCACCUCUGGCACGGGUGUCUGUAUCAACUUUAUGAUCAUCAUGUCUCUCAACGUGGUGUAUGAAAAGGUUGCCUAUCUGCUGACAAAUCUAGAGCACCCACGGACAGAGUCUGAGUGGGAGAACAGCUUUGCUCUGAAGAUGUUCCUGUUCCAGUUUGUAAAUCUGAACAGCUCCACAUUUUAUAUCGCUUUCUUUCUGGGAAGGUUUGCUGGCAGGCCUGGAAAAUACAAUAAACUCUUUAAUCGAUGGAGACUGGAGGAGUGUCACCCGAGCGGAUGUUUGAUUGAUCUGUGCCUGCAAAUGGGAGUCAUCAUGUUCUUCAAACAAAUCUGGAACAACUUCAUGGAACUCGGUUAUCCCUUGCUGCAGAACUGGUGGUCUCGUAGGAAGAUGAAGAAAGGAGGUGGUGGAGGGCAGAAUGUAGAGAAUAAAGCCCAGCUUCCACAGUGGGACAAAGACUGGAAUCUGCAGCCGAUGAACGCCCAUGGACUGGUGGACGAAUACCUUGAAAUGGUUCUCCAGUUUGGCUUCACCACCAUCUUUGUUGCAGCGUUCCCGCUGGCUCCUCUCCUGGCUCUGCUCAACAACAUCAUUGAGAUUCGUCUUGACGCCUACAAGUUUGUCACUCAGUGGAGGAGACCCAUGCCUGCCCGAGCCACAGACAUAGGUAUCUGGCACGGGAUUCUCGAAGGUAUCGGCGUGCUGGCAGUCAUCACCAAUGCCUUUGUUAUUGCCAUCACCUCAGACUACAUCCCCCGCUUUGUUUACGCCUUCAAAUAUGGCCCGUGUAUGGACAAGGGACACCACCAUGAGGAUGAGUGCUUGCGAGGCUACAUGAACAGCAGCCUGUCCGUGUUUGAAAUGAAGGAUGCGAACAGCAGCCAGACCAGAUACUGCAGGUACAGAGACUACAGAGCACCACCCUGGAGUUCAGUGCCAUACGAGUUCACCCUGCAGUUUUGGCACGUCUUGGCUGCCAGACUGGCCUUCAUCAUCGUCUUUGAGCACCUGGUGUUUGGGAUCAAGUCCUUCAUAGCGUACCUCAUUCCGGACAUACCGAAGGAUCUCUGUGAUCGUAUGAGGAGGGAAAAGUACCUCAUGCAGGAGAUGAUGUACGAAGCAGAACUGGAGCACCUGCAGAAGGAGAGGAAGAAGAACGGACGGCGUUAUCACCACGAGUGGCCUUAGCUUCACCCCCCAAUGUCUGCGCUACACGCCGCACAGCCCUCCACUCACAGGCACAGCCUCCCCUGCCUGCUUGUUUCUGUACUUUAGCUUUGAGAGUCCAGCUUCACUCGGCUGAUUCUGUACACCAAAGACACACUCUCCGGCAACCAGAUCCUACCCCUAACCUGUCUGUCUCCAGGCUCCUGAUCCUGGCCACUCCCGUCGCCAUCUGUUUCACGGCCAGUGUUGGCGCUGCUCUUGGUUUCUGACUCCGACCGCUUCCAACCCCGCCCCACCUCGAUCCCUCACCUGGCUUCAUCCAGCAGGGAGCCCUUGUCUGUGCCGUGUUAUGGCUUCACUGGAAAAACCUGUGCAAUUGUAAUGUCUACUAUGCAGAUCAAGGGCUGCAGAUCACCACUGUUCACUUUAGCACCCAUCCUGCACUCUGUGUGUAUGUGUGUGUGUGUGGCAGCUAGCUCCUCCCCUCUUUGACUCUGCAGUUUGGUGCAGCAUGGCCGUGUUUUUCUCCUGUGAGCAUCAGUGAGGCCACUGUUCUGCUGGUUAUGUGACAGAUUGUGGCGCUUGGCGUUUCUUGUUGCAAAAGUGAUUCUGGUGAUGUGGCUACCAAAAUAUAAUGGACACUGUUCUUGCAAAGCGACUGUAUAUUGCCCUCGAAGCAUGCUGAUUAAUACUCGCGGCCAUUUCGUAAACUGCAAAGAAAAGAAAAAUAACAUGAAUAAAAACAACGGCACUCAUCAUGGAAGAUAUUAACAUCUACUCACUGCAUUUGACAAAGAAUUCUCUAUGAAAUCGUAUAAAGUGCAUGAUAAUAUUGUUUUGUACCUUCUUUUGAUAGACAAAGUCCCCGUCUCGAUGCCUGGUUCUCAUGUGUCUGUACUCGGUGUGAGCCGUGUGCUAAUAUCCGUCUGUGCUACCGCUGAGCUUGACUGUCUUGAGUCGAGGAAAUGUGAACUUGAUUGUGCCUACAGUUGUGCUCACCACAAUUGUGUCACCAACAUCACGUGUGCCUGUUUGUGCUGCACGUGCUUUUUCAAGUGCAAGAAAUAUUCUCUCUCCUCGUUGUGUUGUCAGAUCUUCUGUAAACUCCCUGAACUCUCCUGUAAGGAUUUGUUUUGGAUGUGAGUCACACCGCAGUACCUACUCGGGUCUCAACUAAUGGCUGUGGAGCACGCAAACGGUAUAUGUUGUAAUGUGACUCCAGUCAUGAACAAUGUAUGCACUCGCAUACGGGAGCCGCAAAUCUGCUCUUCUGUCCUACACCCGCAGCCUGUUUUAAAUUUGUAGUUGGAAGCUCUGAAGCAUGGUCGAACGUUGGAUCACUUCGACAUACCUGUGGCUUGGACGUUCAGUUUGCAAAGAACAUCCAUCCGCUGUUCCUCUCCUACAAGGCACAUCAACAUGCUUCAGUUUUAGUCCUUUGCUAAACACAUGCGCUUUCUGCCAUUUUCUGACCUUUACAGAUGUGAAACUGUGAAAUGAGGUCUUGUUAAAUGCGGAGUCAUGACAUUGCCUUGUGUUGUGGUCACUUCUGAUUUCACGGAUUUGAGAACUCAGGAAGACAGGCAGCAUGAGCAACACCAUCCAUCUAUGCGGCUGAGUCAGAAUCACAAUCAUUUCCUGCUUCGUCCGUGUUGAGAUGGAGAGUUGUGGAGUACAUACUGUAAUACUGAGGGGGGGGUUGAUUUUGUGGGUGAUGAGAACUUAAACUAAAGCCCAUGAGCUCCAGUACAGGUCAUGUUGAUCGUAUGAUGGUGAAUAAGAUUUAGCCACAUUAUGCACAGUAAACAUGAAAGUUCCACCAAGCUACUAGAUAAAGAAUAUCGCUACCCUGAAUGCAUUGCACAACGCUGAAAAACUUAUCAUUUUAAAAGAAGUGUACAUUAGUUCAAUUUGUAUAUUAAUUCAUUUUGCUGUUCUGAGUUCUGGUGUAAUGUUUAAUGUGAUGUUUUUAUACUUUUUAUUUUGUGCUCUCAGUAUGAGUUUACCUGUUUUCACCCUCAGAUAGAUAAAGUAACGUCCACAUUUCUCAGGUGUCCUCUGAAUGUUUGCAGAUGAUCAACUUUUUAUCAUAUUUUCUAAGAUGCAAUCAAAGUUAUCCUGCUUUUUUAGGUAUAUAUUUUUGCACUGCAGUGCAUUUGCAUGACUACAAGGCUCACUCACAGUUAAAGGCAUGUUAGAUUUUUUCCUUUUUUUUUGCAUAAUCACAGUAAGUACACCAGAGCCGAUGUAGAUCAAUACAAUCACAGCUCAUUAUGGAGACACAGAAACAGAUUGUUAGUUAAGAAGGUCAUAAUGUCCGAUCAUAUGGUCGUAAUCAUUGCAUUCACAAGAGAGAGAUAUUAGGAAACUAGUCCAGGUUUUCAGAAUACCUUCCCUGCUAUGUGAACAUUGAAAAUCUAUGCAUGUUGUUAUCCUCGAGUGCUAUAUUUAUUUCAAACAGAUGCAGAUGUAAAUGUACUGAUACAUUUGUACUGUAGAGUAUGCAUGACCUAACUCCUGCUUUGAGCAGAGCUAACUUCUGUAAAGUUGUUAACAGCUUCUUAAACAUAUCACCUCCCUUGUUUGGUGUUGAUCAUUUUUUGUGGUCCAGACAAGACUUAUGCUUCUUUGAUGUGGUGGACUUUUAUAUUAUGAGAGUAUUUUCUAAAGAAUAGCUUGGACUCCAGACCGAUUCAUAGAGUAGAAACUGGCCUGGUUAGUCUGAUAGUCACUAAAGGCUUUCUCUGUCUAAACUUUAGAUUUAGAAUUAUGUUUACCACCUAACAGCUGAAGUGUUUAACCUCUAAUGGCAUUGGAGGAAUUAUAUGAAUGAAAAAGCUACAUGACUUGUCCAGCUACUAAUCAUCUCUUGGUGGAUCUUUUUCCUCCUCUCUGCUCCUCCCUUUGAGCAUCAGUUCACCUUCUCACUAAUACAAAUGCUGCACAGUGGUGGAAGGGUGUUUCUCACACCUUCCACUGUUGGCAAUAGCACAAAAUGUUAAAAUAUUAUGUAAUAAGUAAUAAUGGCAUGACCUUGCACAUCUCUGAAAACAUAGCAGUCUAGAGAGGGAUUAAGCUUUCUGUUCUAUGCUAUGCCUCCUAAUAGGAUUGUGCUUGAGCAAGUGACGUACUUGACGUGGAAGCACAGUUGACGUUAGACCAUAGAUUUACCUGUACAGUAGGACAGUAUCAGUUGUGACAUGAAGUGUAUCAACAUUGUUUACUUUGUUCCUGUUUACAUGUAAAAACAUUCUGAAAUGUAUAAAAAUGAUGUAACAUAAAAUAAUUUGGAUAUCACUCUUUUUUCUGUAAUAAAUCAUGGAUUGUAUCUUUUAAAUCAAAUCUGCUC